GGACGACGCCCGAACUUUCCAUUCAUUAGUUGCAAGUCCACGUCCCCAACGCGUAAACGUUUUUUGCAUAUUUUACAACCGGCACCGGCCCACGGUCCUUAUCUGCAUUCUCUGCGUUUCAUCGACAGUCCAAGCCGCGUCAAAUCCGUCUCAGAGCAUAUUUUGCGUACUACGGAAAUCCCACACUUGACACCUCCGAUCCGGAGCCUCCGGUCCAUUCCACACACACCGUGCGUAAAUAAAGACACGCCAUCCAACACAACGCCAUGGUUCGGGAAGUAAAGUCCAACGCGGAGCUCGAGGAGGUCUUCGCCGGCAACACGUACGUCGCCGUCGACUUCUUCGCCGACUGGUGCCCGCCGUGCAAGGCCAUCACGCCCGUCUUCGAGCAGCUGAGCGGCAAGCACGCCGUCGAGGGCCAGCUGGCGCUCGUCAAGGUCAACGUCGACCAGGUCAAGGAGCUGGCCAUGCGGUACCGCAUCACGGCCAUGCCGACCUUUCUCUUCUUCAAGGACGGCACGCAGGUCGCCGUCCACGGGCAGAAGAUGGUGCAGGGUGCGAACCCGCCCGUCCUGACCGCAGCGGUGGAGAAGUUGGGCGGGCUGGCGAAGAAGCGGGCUGAGGAGGCCAAGGAGGCCGCGGCAAAAUGAGUGUCAUGUAGUGAUGGAUGCGUGAGGGAGGGGGCAUUUUCCAGAGCCGGGCGCUGUGUUGUUUGUUUGUUUGUUCACCUGGAGCGAGGGCCUGUCGCAUCGACAAAGUACUACGUACUACUUCGUAGGUAGCACAUAUUUCACAUUGAUGGA